CUGCGAAUCCUACAAUGUAACAGCAACGUGAACGGAGACACAGCUUGAGAAGUGACCGAUCCCGAUGAGCCGACUUCCAGAGUGGGAAAUGCGUUUUUAUUCUGCUGCGAGAUCCCUUCCACCGCCCUAGUGGUCCCGUUGAGUGGAUUGUAAAGUGUCCCCGCUGACUGGCUUCACAGGAUCGAGUUUGUGUGGAUUAUAGGAACCGGAGGCCCCGUUGAGUUGAAUGUGUGUGCUGGGCUGGAGUGGGUCAGUAUGAGGCUGUCGCUGCCGCUGCUCUGAGCGGGCUCUCUGCUCCCUGCCUUGGGUCUCUUACAAAAUAAUAUUUACUUAUAAAACUGGACACCCUUGGAGCAGUUUAUGACGACUCUGGUUGGACCGUAAUGACCGCACGCUUCCGGUUGCCUGCAGGCAGAUCCUACAAUGUCCGGGCGACGGAGCUGGCACGCGACAGGCAGCGCACCGAGGUGGUCUGCAACGUUUUUCUUUUGGACAACACUGUCCAGCCUUUUAAAGUCAAUAAGCACGAUCAAGGACAGAUCCUACUGGAAGCUGUCUGCAAGCACCUGGAGCUGACCGAGAGAGAUUAUUUUGGGUUGCAUCUGGCCGACGACUCCUCUGAUAGCCCGGUGAGUUCAGAGAGGUGGCUGGAUCCAAAUAAACCCAUAAGGAAGCAAUUAAAAAGGGGCUCUCCACAUCAUCUGAACUUCCGGGUGAAAUUUUUUGUGAGUGACCCCAACAAACUUCAGGAAGAAUAUACACGGUACCAGUAUUUUUUACAGAUUAAGCAGGACAUACUAAGUGGAAGACUGCCCUGUCCACACAAUACUGCCGCACUCCUGGCAUCGUACACUGUUCAGUCUGAGCUGGGUGAUUACAGUGAGGCUGAGAAUUUGCCAGGAUACCUGUCUGAGUUCUGCUUCAUCCCCAACCAGCCUCAGGGCUUUGAAAAUGAAGUCACCAAACAUCAUCAGCAACACAGUGGACUUACUCCAGCACAGUCUGAAUUCAAUUACCUGAACAUGGCACGGACGCUGGAACUUUAUGGAGUGGAACUGCACUAUGCAAGGGAUCAAAGCAACACAGAGAUUUUCAUAGGCGUGAUGUCAGCUGGCAUUGCCAUUUACAAGAACAGGGUACGAAUCAACUACUUUCCAUGGUUGAAGAUUGUAAAAAUAUCUUUUAAAUGCAAGCAGUUUUUCAUCCAGCUGAGAAAAGAGGCGCAUGAGACGAGAGAUACAUUGCUCGGGUUCAACAUGGUAAACUACAGGGCCUGUAAGAACCUCUGGAAAGCCUGUGUUGAACUCCACACCUUCUUUCGGCUAGAUCGGCCCGUUCCUCUGCAGAAGAACUUCUUUGUGCACUACUUCAGUUUGGGCUCCAAGUUCAGAUACUGUGGGAGGACGGAAGCACAAUCUGUUCAGUAUGGCAAGGAGAAGGGAAUCAAGGACAGAGUGUUUGCAAGAUCACCCAGCAAGCCUCUGGGCAGAAAGUUGAUGGGUGUGACAGACUGGGAAUCAGUGAGCAGGAACUCGCUGUCUGAAGAGAGACUGGAGACCCGUAGCCUGCCCACCCGCUCACCCCCUGGGACGCCCAACCAUAGGAACUCCUUAUUUGUGCAAGAGGGUCCUCGGCUACGGCCCUCUUCCAUGGGUCACCUGGUGGACCAUGUCAUCCAUGCCUCCCCCAGCCUUCCUGUUUUCUCCAAUCACAAAUCAGCUUCCUCUACACAAGCUAACAGCAUCAGCCUGGAUUCUACGCCGUCUCCGGAAGAAGUUGAAGGUCCGCCCCCCGCCCUCCCGCCCAAACAGUCCCGGAAGAACCUGAGCCAGCUUAUACUGUCCCACUCCCAUCAGGACUUGGACAACCACAUCAGUGAAAUGUACGAUGUCCCUAUAGCAACAGAAAAGGCCACGCCUAAUGGAGUCAUUCCUCAUGACAAUCUUGUCCUGAUCAAGAUGAAACCGGAUGAAAACAGAAGAUUUGGGUUUAAUGUGAAGGGCGGCUCUGAUCAGAAGCUGCCCAUUAUCGUGUCUCGAGUAGCGCCUGGAACAUCGGCUGAUUUGUGUGUGCCUCGACUGAAUGAGGGCGAUCAGGUUGUGCUGAUCAACGGUCGAGAUGUUGCAGAGCACACGCAUGAUCAGGUGGUCAUGUUCAUCAAGGCCAGCUGUGAGAGCCACUCGGGGGAGCUCAUCCUGUUGGUGCGGCCCAAUGCUAUCUACGAUGUGGUUGAGGAGAAAUUGGAGACCGAACCGGAUUUUCAAUAUAUCCCAGAGAAAUCUCCCACAGACCCAUCUCAGCUGGACCAGGACGCCUGGAGGGACUCAAUGCUGCAGUUAAAGGAGGGUCUCAACAGUGCUACCAUACUGGCCCAGUUUGAUCAACUGUAUCGGAAAAGGCCUGGAAUGACAAUGUCAUGUGCCAAAUUACCUCAGAAUCUUUCCAAAAACCGCUACAGAGACAUCUCACCUUAUGAUGCAACUCGAGUCAUCUUAAAAGGCACAGAUGACUACAUCAAUGCUAAUUACAUAAAUAUGGAAAUCCCUGCCUCCAGUCUCAUAAACCGCUAUAUCGCCUGCCAGGGGCCACUGCCCAAUACGUGCCCGGAUUUCUGGCAGAUGACGUGGGAGCAGGGCUCCUCUUUGGUAGUCAUGCUUACUACUCAGGUCGAGCGAGGACGUGUGAAGUGCCAUCAGUAUUGGCCGAACCUCUCAGGUAGCGCCACAUACGGCGGCUUUCAGGUUUCCUGCCAGACUGAGGAAGGAAACUCUGCUUUCUUGGUUAGGGAUAUGACUCUUACUCACAUCGAGAGUGGGGAAAGCAGGGAAUUGACCCAAAUCCAGUACCUGGCGUGGCCUGAUCACGGUGUACCAGAUGACUCAACAGACUUCCUGGAUUUCGUGGCUCUGGUCCGGAGUAAACGAGCUGGGAAGGACGAGCCCGCUGUGGUCCACUGCAGCGCUGGGAUUGGCCGGACGGGAGUUCUCAUCACCAUGGAGACGGCAAUGUGUCUGAUGGAGUGCGGCCAGCCAGUGUAUCCAUUAGAAAUUGUGAGAACCAUGCGGGAUCAGAGGGCCAUGAUGAUUCAGACUCCUAGCCAGUUCAAGUUUGUGUGUGAGGCCAUACUGAAGGUUUACGAGGAGGGCCUGGUGAAACUGCUCAAGUCCACGCUGUACGAAUCCAACUAAUGCAAUGCCAGCUUUUCCCGAAAAUGAUGCUGAAAUUCACUGACAGGAUCUUCUCCACAUGAUGAUGUUACAGCUCCGUGACAGAGUGAUGGAGAAGUAUCUCGAGCCAGGAACACAGGACAUAAACCAAGCACUGCUGCACUUUACGCUGGCAAAGAGACUAUAUGCCAGGCUUCAAUGAGGAGAGAGAGAGAGAGAGAAGUGACAAAGAAAUCUAAGGUGAAUUAGGUACUUGUUGGGACUUUGAGUGUUCCGGGUUUUAACAAAUAUAUAUGUUAAUAAUGAAUAUAGUGGAGAUUGCUGGUGCCAUAUGUGUGUAAGGGCAGGCCCGUGAGUGAAUGAGUGUUUUUAUAUGUGGUCAUCUAUUAUUUGGAAACAAACGACACCCACAAAACCAUUCACAUCCAGGCCUGUGCUGCAGAUGAACAUUUGUAUUUUUAUUAGAAAUAUUUAUUGUUUUAGUUUCAAUUUUGAGCCCUGCUCAUUCAACAUAAGUAACUACUUACAAAACAAAAAAAGAAGAAAAAAAAAAGUUUUUGUUACAACAGUGAUCUUUUUUUUCCUGUUUGCUUUGUUCUCGCUUUUUGGCACAGGAUGAAAAUCAUUUUUAUUUAUUUUUCUGUCAAACUAAAAAGCUGUCAACAAGGACUUUAAAGCACUUUGCAUUACAGCUUUGAUGCAAAAUAUCGGUUCGGAAGUUAAAGGAAUACUAAAAUGAAAAUGCUGUGAUUAUUUACUCACCCUUGUGUCUUUCCAAACCCAUAUGAUGUUCUUUCGUCAGUGGAGUGCAAAAGGAGAUGUUUUGAAAAAUGUUUGUGCUGCUCAUUUCCAUACAGUGAAAGCCUCCAAGAUA